UUUAAAACCGCCACUGGGUGCUAUUUCGCCGGAGAGGGAAGUAUAACCUUUCUCUCUAAUUGGCGUCUUUAGUGGAUCAGGAAUGCCGGUUGGGGAUUCACAAACUCGUCUUGUGGAUAAUCUUGGCCUAGACUUAAAUCCAUAUAAUAUUGUCCAAGGUAAAUCAUUCACUCGAUCUGUAUCGAUUAGUGAACCAACUUCAACUCCUCCAGAGUGUUGUAUUACAUCGAACAAUAGUAGUAGUAUAGCUAUUAUUGGUGGUUGUUUACCGUCUAUCAGAUCAUCUAGUGGUCAAGGUGGCAGUACAACAUCAGAUAUUUCAUUCUCUCCAUUCUCUUCUGCUGCUACAGCUAUUACACCUGAAAGUCCUCUACCACCGGAUCCCAAUUAUUUCCAAUCAAAUCCAUUAGCGUCAAUAAUUAAUCAUUCUGAUAUUGUUGACAGUGUUGAUUUUUCUGUUCAACAAUCUACAGCGACAACAACAACUACUACUACUACCACGACGACUUUAAAUAUGUCUACCGAUGAUACCGGUAAUAAAGAUGUUGAUGUUUUAAUAAAUCCUACUGAAAAUUCACCUUCAAGUCAUGUAAACAUUUCCAACCAGCCAAUUGAUCAUGAUCAAACAAAAAGUACCUCAUCAGCAUCUCCUGCUCUCUCCUGUUGCUCCACUUCUUCUUCAUUACCACAAUUUACUGCUGGUGAUAAUGAUAAUAAUAAUAAUAACAAUAGUAUUUUUCAUAAUUAUCAUGUAUUAUUUCAAAAUUCAAUUAUUUUACGGACAAUCAAUUUUCUUUCACAUUUACUUGAUUCACGUUUACAAUCAAAUUGGCGUUUACCUUUAGAAUAUUGGCAAAGAAAUGCUAUAAAAUUGAAUGUAUCUUCAAAUAUUAGUCAGUGUGUUACUGCUACGGAUACUACAACUACCACUACAACAACUACUACUACUACUACUAACGCUGGUACUGUUAUACCAACAACAAAUUGUACAAAUAAUACAUAUUUUACCCAGUCAUCAUUAUCUGAUCAAGAUGUGUGCGCAGUGAAACGUUUCAAACCGAAUAGUUCAUCACAGUCGCCAAAUGAAAUUCCAGCUACACAUAUGAACACAACAACAACAACCACAUCAUCAUCACCAUCAUCCAGUUCUUCUGUUUCACAUCAUCAACUUCAUCAAUCAGUAGUAGUAGCAGUUCCAUCGACAUUUUUAUCUGCAAGAUUAAUUUUAUGCGCUAGAAAUCUUGCUGAUCAUUUCGAGUCGAGAUAUCAUGAUAAAUUAGGCAGUUUAUUAGAAGACGUAGCCCGUUUAAAUAAUAAUAAUCAAAAAUGUAAUUUAGAUGAUCAACAAGGUCAAACAGAAGAGUCAAUUAAAACAACAACCGACGAUACGCAUCAUGAUGAUAGUAAUCAUAACACCAAUGUCAAGAGUAGUAGUAAUAACACCAACAUCAUCAUUGGUGAUGGUGAUGGUGAUGCUGCUGACGGCGGUACUGGUAGUAGUUAUUUCAGUGAUGAUACUACUUCACUUGAUGAAACACGAUUAGAAAUGAUACGAUGUCAAUUUCAUAGUGUUUUGCAAGAAUUAUUUAUUGAUCGUAUUAAUUGGGGUCGUAUCAUAGCAAUGUUGGCAUUUUUACGUGCAUUAUGUGAAGUGAUUGAAGUGAAUAAUAGUAAUAAUAAUAAUAAAUGUAUGAAUAAUGAUUCAACAACUACAACUACACAAAAACAUCAUGAUAUUUCCAAAUCAAUGGAUUCAUCGAAUAUUUCUCAUGAACCAGCGGAGCAUAGUAGUAGUGCUGCUGUUACAUCGGAUUAUAAUACACAAUUAUCUUCUUCUUCUACUGACCAGUCGUCUUCAUCAUGUAGUCAUAAAAUGACCAAUGAUAAAUUACAAACUACCAAUAUUAAUAAUAAUGAUGUUGGUUUAAUGUCAUUUAGAAGACCUUGUGCAGCAGAUUAUAUUAUAUGGACAGCUGAAUUUAUACAUGGACAACGUGGACUAUGGAAUUGGAUAGCAUCACAUGGAAAUUGGGAGGGACUUAUUAAUUUUGAAGCACAACGUUAUACAACUGAUCAUCAAUCAAUCACGUCAACAUUAAUUGGACACAACAACAGCAAUAAUAAUCAUAGUUUCAUUGAUCUAGUCACUGGUAAUUUUACCGAUGAUGAAACGUUGCGUUCACUUCGAAAUGCGUUAACUAGUGUAGCAACUAUAGCUGUUGGUGCAGUUGGUCUAGUCGCGGCUUAUCGAUUCUUAAGUAGACGUUUAUGAGAAUCAAAAAAUAGAGUUUAAUGUAGAGAAGAGAGAGAGUCAUUUUGCAAAUGUUCACAUUCAUCUUUAUAUUUAAUUUCUUCAUUAUAGAAUGCCUAAUUUAUAUCUGCUUACAUCAUCUUCUAUAUCCGGUGACUUGUGUUUUCUUCAAUGUAUUCAUUCAUACUUACACACACCCACACACACAUGCACAUACAUAUACAAAUUACAUCUUUUAGUACUGUCGGUUGAAUUUUCUUUCUCCAAUAUAUAUGAAGAAGAGAAUUCUCAACACAUCCAUCAUGUAGAGACCACUGAUAUUGUCAAAUUAUAUUCUCGGCCACGUGUAUCCAUUGUUCAACCGACAAUCAAUCGUCUGUGAACAAUUAUUGAACAUUGCAACAAUAAUGCCAUUGACACUUUGUGUGGGUGUGUGUGUGUAUGUGUAUGUUUCUUACUGUCACAUUCUUCCGUGCUAUGAGAACAAACACAUUAGUUCAUGUUGUUCCUCUUUCUCU